GCACCGCUGCGUCUCGGGAUCUCAGGGAGGGGCAAAACCUUCCCGCGGUUUCGUGCUGCCCUUCGGAGGCGAGCGAGGACCCCCGAGGAAGGCGCGCUGUCUCCAGAGCACUCAGGCAGGUGGGCUUCUGCCGGCAGACUGAGAAGUGAGCCGCUGUGAGAACCCAGGACACUUUGGAGACAUACAGGAGGGGAGGCUCCGCCACCCUCCGUCCCUGAAGGCAGAGCUGGUGAAGAACAUCGUGGAUGUAUGACAUCAGAACACACUGCCCUGAGAGCGGCUUUCACCUGGUCACCCGCCAGUUUCUUUCCAGAAUGUGCUACACUUUGCCAGCUAUUGGCGCCCACGUUCACGCUGGGGUGGUGUUAACUGUGAUACUUUGCAUCCCCACGGAACCCAGCAGUGGCUCCUGAGUCUUCUGGGUGCUGCACUGGGGUCAAGAAAGUCUGCCCAAGAAGUUCACCCUCCAGCAGUAGAACCAUCAAGCUCAGGAUGAACCCAUCUAACUCUACAGAGACAAUUCCCUUCCUGACCAGCCUGUGGCCAGGGGCGGCUCCGCAGGGCAGCAAUGCCUCCAGCCUGUCCCGCAGGUCCCCCGGCGGUGGCGAGGGUGAGCUGGAGGCCCUGUACAUCCUCAUGGUGCUGGGCUUCUUUGGCUUCUUCACUCUGGGCAUCAUGCUGAGCUACAUCCGCUCCAAGAAGCUGGAGCACUCCCAUGACCCAUUCAAUGUGUACAUUGAGUCUGACACCUGGCACCAGAAGGACAAGGUGUACUUCCAGGCCCGGGUUCUGGAGAACUGCAGAGCAUGUUUUGUCGUUGAAAACCCCUUGGCUGCGGAGCAACCCAGCACACACCUUCCUGAGACUAAGCCUUUGUCAUGACCACACAGCUGCUUAAAACUGGACACAUCCUACUGGACCAUCAGCCUCGUCCAAUCCUGUGCCUCUCAUAGUUUCUCUAUGUGGAUACAAUGGUUAUUAUUUUGUUGCUAUUGUUAGGGAUGAGGGGUAGAUUAAUAAUUCUAUUUCCAAAAUCAUAUUCCUUCUCUAAUAGACUAGCUAUUCCACAGUGCUUCCCUGACUUUUUAAUUUUAGUAGAACCCCAGAGAUCAUGACUUCUAAUAAGAGCUGUGUUUCCCAGACUCCCUUGCAGCUAGCAAGGCAAGUGAUCAAGUUCUGGCCAGUAGACGUGGGAGUGAUGAGUGCAACGUCCAGUGAUCCUUGAGAGGACAUGUCCUCCACUCCCCACCCCCCCAAAAAAAACCCUCCCCAGUGUCUGGGAGGCAGGAGAGGUGGUAAGCCAGCUUUGACCCUGGAAAGGGGCAGUAAAUUCACAGAUGGCAGAGCAACAAGUCUGGUCCCUGAUCAACACCAUAGGGUGAGGCUCCCUCUUCUGGACCAGCCACCAGCUGAAAAUUUAUAAGAAAGAGAAGAUAACUCUGGUCUUCCUUUAACUGCUGUUAUUUUGGCUUCUGUUAAAGUAGCAGAAUUGAUAUCCUAACUAAUGUAAUGAGACUGAGACCAACAGUGUAAUAUUUCCAUAUUUGUCACACGCAGACUCUCCCAUAUUGCAGGACAGUGUUACUCUGAUCUGGUCAUUUCUACCCUCACUACUGUAGCUCUGCCCUCCCCUUGUCUUCCUGCCUCCUACUUUUCCCUUACACCCUUCACACGUAUCUCCUUCUCUUCCCCAGUACACACAGAUACACACUCACAUCCACAGAUGCACAUGUGAACAGAUACAGAGAUAUACACAUAGAUGCUUGUGUAUAGGUGCACGUGUACACAGACACACAGACAUGUGGAGACCACACCGGCACACACAGAGACACAUGCAAACACACAUACAUGCACAGGUUCACACCUGCAGAUGCACUUUCUACCCACACACCCUGAUCUAGAAGGAACUUCAGUCCUACAGGACUGAGAUGCAGGGAAAAAAAUUCCCACUUCAGAAUGUAUACCAAGGAGAAGGUGCUCACUUAUGACAGUUGGGAGGCACCCCCCUGGUGAGCCCAAGGGAAGGAGUGGAGGUAGGCAAGAGGAGGUGCCAGCACAUGGGACAGAGGUGAUGGGACCUUUGGAAGUGAUGUGUCUGCUAUGGUUGAACUGUGUCCCCCUGAGAGAUACGUUCAAGUCCAAACCUCUGAUUCUUUGAAUGUGACUUUAUUUAGAAAUAGAGGUCUUUAUAGAUAUAAUCAAGUUAAUGACUUUAAGUAGGCUGUUAGGGGAGAGGGUCUAAUAUAGUCUGUCUGGUGUCCUUAGGCAAAGAAGGAGCUUUGGACAUGGGCACAUGUGGAGAACCCCUUGUGAUGACAGAGGCAGGGACAAUAGUGAUGUGUCCAUGAGCCAAGGAAAGUCAGGGUUGAUGGCCACCACCAGGAGCUAGAAGAAGCAAGGAGGGCUUCUCCUUACAGGUUUCAGAGAAGGAUGAUCCUGUAUCACCUUGAUUUCAGGCUUGCGGCUUCCAGAACCUAUGACCAUGGUUUUCUAUUAUUUUGAGUCAUAGUUUGAGUUAUUUUGUUACAGCAGCCACAGAAAGCUCAUCCAGUGCCCCUCCCCUGCCCCCAGUGCCUUCCUCCUCAUCAGAGAGAAGAUCCCCUGGGAAACUUCCUUCACACACCAGAGAUGGGAGGAUUGCAGUAAAGACAGAUGAGCUGGAAUGUCCUCACGCCGUAGGAGGACGCCUGUCACGGGACCUCCCGAGGGCAUCACGGAGCCUGUGCCUUGGGUUUAACCUUCUCCAGCUGCCACCCCAGUGUUGAGUGUAUGAGAUACCCUGACAUCUUGUGGGCCUGAACAGAGAGGAAUAUUUUAGUAAAACAGUUGUUAAGAACCUGGCAUCAUAUCAAUGAAAGGCAACAUGUAAAUAUCAUUGUCUUUCAUCAAUCUCAAAUGGACCCGUCUGACCUGGUCCAGUGGCAGCGCCGACUACAUGUGGUAGAAGGCAAGUCUCUGGUGUGCUUGUGGGCAGCGGUCCUUGGGAGGACAUGCCAGGGAAGACCCCUGGCAUCGAUUACUAUAGUAAUCUUAUAGUCUUAGAGGCUGUGGACUCUAAGAUUCCUUCCACCCAAAAAUGCACAGAGAGGCACUGUCCUGCCUUCCAUCUUGGGGGUUCAUGGGCUGCUGGAAGCCCAUGCAUGACUGGUAGCAUCUCAUGAUCUCUGUGUGAGUUCCUUGCCCCUGACAGACACAAAUGGCUCAUUGUGAAGGAAAGGCAGGCUGGGAGUGUGGGGUGAAGGGCAUCAGAGUCCGUCAUUAACUGUGUUAUUUGCAGGACACAGUGACCUUGGCUUUCCAAGCCCUGGACUGGCUCGUUAUCACCAGUUCCCUUUUUCCCACUGAGUUUCCUGUGGCUUUGAAGGCAGAAGGGGAUCCCAUGAACUCUGUUUCUCCCUGGCCUUCAGCUCUCUUCCCACACCCCCUCAAACCUCUUAGAAGCCACAACUUUCAAAUGCUUGUCACCACACAUGGAGUGCUGGCUAUGUCUAGGUACUACUCUGAAUGCCUUAAGUCUAAAAUCCCAAUUAAUAUUCUGUAUGCACUAGUCCAUGUGUUCACUGGAUAGGACAACAUGUCUACUGAAGUAUC